UCGCGCGCGCCACUACCCCACUCAUGCAACUACUGAUCAUCGGACUCAUAGCCAUCGUACGUGUCCCCGCAAACGCGCGCAUUGCACGAACCUACCGAUCCAUGGCGCCAUGCCCGGCUUCGACGGCCGUGAUCAGGACGUGUUGCGUGCUGCUGAUGCUGCUCCUGUGGGCCGACGUCGUCCGGCUGCCUCCGGUGGCCGGGCAGCAGGCGCCUCAGCCCGAGGACUCCGCGGCCGCGGCGGCGAUCAUCGAGGCGGAGGGCGACGGGCGCGGCAACGGCAACGGCACCCGCGGCGGCGGAGGAGGCGCGUCGAGGAACAAGGUGCUGAGCACCGUGGACUGCCAGAUCUGCGAGGCCACGUGCCGGGUCAAGUGCCUCAUCAACAACCUCUUCCAGUGGGGCAGCUGCUACCAGCGCUGCAAGGCCGACAACUGCAACGAAUGGUGUCGCUAGCUAGGUGGCCGGAUGCACGCCUCCUGUGCCUCCAUGUACCCAUCGGACGGCUGGAGGCUGCCAUAUUAUCCUUUUCGGGUCCUUUUCUCCCGUUUUAAAUCAACGCGCGCCUAAACACGUACGCCGCCUGCUGCUAUUUUUCCUUAGUCGCAUGACUUUGCUGUACCCCUGCUCGAUCUAUCCAUAAACUCAACACCAGUGCAGAUAAGUAUGUACGUAACCUUUUUUGGGGAAGUAAUAUAA